AAUCUGGUGGGAGCGGGUAAUGACAGGCUAACACUGAUGUAUUCAGAGUAAGAUCCCUGAGGCCUUGCAGAGGGUUCCCAGUACAUCCAGACUAACAGAGCUAGAGGGGUGGGGUCCUGUUUGCUCCCAGUCCACUAGAAGAAAGAAAGGGCUGGUCCUUUCUGGGGCUCACCUGGACACCAAGGAGCUGAAAGGAUGUCUCUUCCCCGUCAGCUGCGAGACAAGAGUGACUUUGACCAGCUUCCAAAUGAGGUGCCUGUCUCCGCUAACAUUGCAGAUGCCCAAGAGAAGAGCGGCUUCACCAGUUACUAUGUGUUUGUCAUUGAGGUGAAGACAAAAGGAGGUGGCAGAUACUUGAUCUUCCGCCGCUACCGCCAGUUCUACGCCCUGCAUAACAAGCUAGAGGAGAGAUAUGGGGCAGAGAACAAAAGCAACACCUUUGCCUUCACCCUCCCCGUGUUGCCAGGAAAGGUUUAUGUUGGCGCGAAAAAGGAGAUUGCAGAGAGCCGGAUCCCUAUCCUCAAUAUUUACAUGAAGAAGCUGCUCUGCCUGCCCAGCUGGGUGCUGAUGGAUGAACACCUACGACUGUUUUUCUACCAGUCGGAGUUUGACCUUGAGCAGGUGCCACAGGGGCUGCGGCGGCUUCGCCCACGCACUCGCCGAGUCAAAAGCAUUGUGCCCCAGGCGCCCGGUUUUGACCGCAUGGCAGCUCCGCGGGCUGAGGCACUGUUUGACUUUCUUGGAACCAGUACACUGGAGCUGAACUUCAAGAAGGGAGAGUUAAUCUAUCUACUCAGCAGGAUCAACAAAGAUUGGCUAGAGGGAACCGUCCACGAGGCCACUGGAAUCUUCCCAUGUGCUUUUGUGAAGAUCAUUCAAGACUUACCCCCGGAGGAGGGCACUAUCAAUUGGCUGCGCUGCUAUUACCAGGAUGACACUGUCAGCAGCAUCAGGGACAUAUCAGUGGAAGAGGACCUGAGCAGCACCCCAUUGUUCAAGCACCUCAUGGCAUUAAUGAGGAGAGAGUUUGACCGUGAUGACAUUGUUCUGAAUUACCGGGACUCUGAGGGUGACCUGAUCCGUCUGGUCUCUGACCAGGAUGUCGAACUCAUGGUGUCUCAGAGCAGGAGACGGCCCUCUGAGAAGCAUUUUUUCCCUUGGAAGUUGCACAUCACCCACCAAGAUGACCUCAGUGUCUACAACACCAGCCCAGGAGGAGACACCAGUCAGGCACUAGAUAUGAAAGGACGGUGACUGCCACAGGGAGCUGUUUCAACAGGUGGCUGCACCCCUCCAUCCACUGUACCGACUGCUUCUUUUAACUAGGCUUGAGACAGGCAACAAUCACAACAGGUUAGAUACUGGUACCCCGGGACAUGGAACAAUCAGAACAAGUGGACCUACUGGCGCCUGAGAGCAGAAGUGCUGAGGUGUCAGGGGAGCCCUGCAAGCCCAGGCACCUCAAAGACUCAGUGGACAUUGUUAGUAAAUGUAGUUAGUAAGCUGGCUGUAAAUAAUUGUAAUUGUGUGUCCGUGUUGGGUUUGAAGUGUUGUUUUGGCUGGGAAGAGAAGAUGUGCUAUUGUGGAUUAUGCCUUUAAGGGCUGAGCGCCCCAGCUUGAAAUCUGGGGCCGACUGGAACUGGUCAUGGAAUAAAGCAGAGUUCUGUCUAGCGCCUUUAGCACUGAGUGAUGACAGAACACCACAAAAGAGAAUGGGAAGGAUGCUGGGGGACCCCAAAUGGCCCCUGGGAUUUGCCAUGCUGCUGGGUCGCCCUACAGUGAGGAGGAUAAUUUCAGGGGCUUUUAUGACAAGCUGUUCCUGCUUGUCUAAGCCCCAUCUCCCAUAGCAACAUCUCUCUGUGGGCAUGAAGCUGCCAGCAUCUCAGGGUCCGUGUUCAUAGAAUAUCAGGGUUGGAAGGGUCCUCAGGAGGUCAUCUAGUCCAACCCCCUGCUCAAAGCAGGACCAAUCCCCAAUUUUUGCCCCAUAUCCCUAAAUGGCCCCCUCAAGGAUUGAACUCACAACCCUGGGUUUAGCAGGCCAAUGCUCAAACCCCUGAGCUAUCCCUUCCCCUGUUCUCUGAUGUCUAGGUCCACUCCACAGAUAGUAAAUCCAAAUGGGAAUCAGAGUAACAGCCGUGUUAGUCUGUAUUCGCAAAAAGAAAAGGAGUACUUGUGCACCUUAGAGACUAACCAAUUUAUUUGAGCGUAAGCUUUCGUGAGCUACAGCUCACUUCAUCGGAUGCAUACCGUGGAAAAUAUAGAAGAUGUUUUUAUACAUACAGACCAUGAAAAAAUGGGUGUUUAUCACUACAAAAGGUUUUCUCUAUUACCAGCAGGAGAGUGGGGUGGGGAGAGAGAAAACCUUUUGUAGUGAUAAACACCCAUUUUUUCAUGGUCUGUGUGUAUAAAAACAUCUUCUGUAUUUUCCACGGUAUGCAUCCGAUGAAGUGAGCUGUAGCUCAUGAAAGCUUACGCUCAAAUAAAUUGGUUAGUCUCUAAGGUGCCACAAGUACUGCUUUUCUUUUUUCCAAAUGGGAGUGAAUCCCUCAGAAGGGAGGAGAUGAACUGUGGCUGGCGAGGGGGCAUCACACAGUAACACUGUCCACUGGCUGGGGGUGCACUGGUGGUUUAGGAUCUGCUCAUGACUGUCCUGUCUGACACAGCUCCUCAGGGAACCCAGGGGCUUCUAGUGUUUGUUCCUUCCUGCUGGCCCUACACAGAUCAUCUACUUGCCACAGUUUGCAAGGGGAGAGUGUGACGUUCUGUACCUCAUGGGAACACCUUACACCCCCAUGUUCAUCCUUAUAAUAUGAUUGUGUGGUAUCUAAUGCAAAGUUUGUCAUGUCGGGUGUCUUUGGAAGGCUCAUGGUGUACUGAGCAUUGUUGUUAUAGUAAUGUUAUAGUAAUCGUUGUUAUGGUAAUGUUAUAGUAAUGUGAUAGGUUGUAAUUUCAUGUAUAUAGUUAUGAGGCUGUAACUGUGUCCUCAUGGCUUAAAGCAAGCCAAGGCAAAAGCUCUCCAAGAGCAGAGGGGCAGUUCACACCUUAUCAGGGCAUGUAUGGGACAAACCCAGCCCAGCCUCACAGGAACAAAGGACACUGGCCUAGGCAACAACAAAGGAUCUGUUGGACUCUUGAGUGAGUCACCCCCCUUUCUUUGGUCAGUUUGGGAUUGCAAUGAGGUAAUGCUCACCUGACUCUGAAGGGUGGGGGAUAGGCAGGAGGGCAAAGCCAAGAGGGAAGAAAGAACAUGAUAAAAAGGAGAGACAUUUGCCAUGCUCUUCCUCUCUUUUCCACCUCCAUCUACAGACAUGACCACCAAGCGACUGAAAUGCUGCUCAAAGGAGAGAGCCUGGCUGAAGGUCAACCAGCCAGCCUGUGGUGAGAAGCAUCUAAGUUUGGAAGGGCAUUGAAAGUGUUAAGAUCAGCUUAGAAUGCGUUUUGCUUUUAUUUCAUUUGACCAAAUCCGAUUUAUUGUGUUUUGACUUAUAAUCACUUAAAAUCUAUCCUUGUAGUUAAUAAAUCUGUUUGUUUAUUCUACCUG